AUGGCGAUAUUUGACCAUCACCACCCAUGGUUGUUCACAGUUGGUAUCCUAGGUAACAUUAUUUCGAUCUGUGUGUACCUUGCUCCCAUGCCAACAUUUGCCCGGAUUUGUAAAAGUAAAUCAACAUUGGGAUUUCAAUCGCUGCCUUAUGUAGUAGCACUAUUCGCUGCCAUGCUUUGGAUGUACUAUGCAAUGCUUAAAAAAGAUGCAGUCCUCCUUAUCUCCAUCAACUCCUUCGGAUGUGUCGUUGAGACAAUUUACGUAGUCAUUUACCUCGUUUAUGCAUCAAAAGAGGCCAAGAACUAUACGGCCAAACUUCUUGCUUCUAUGAAUGUGGGGUUGUUCUCUGCCAUAUUUCUCCUUACUUUCUUUCUGGUGAAAAGCUCCCACCGGGUCCUAGUUGUUGGAUGGAUUUGUGUUGCUGUCUCCGUGAGUGCUUAUGCCGCACCUCUAAGCAUUGUGUUUCAGGUUGUCCGAACUAGGAGCGUUGAGUUCAUGCCAUUUACAUUAUCUUUCUUCCUCACAGUGGGCGCGGUUACGUGGUUUGGUUACGGUCUGCUGCUGAGGGAUAUAUGUGUAGCUCUCCCAAACAGUUUGGGUUUCUUCUUAGGACUGCUUCAGAUGCUGUUAUAUGGUAUCUACAGAAAUGCCCAGAAAGUGGUGGAAGAGAAAAAGCAACAGGAACACAUAAUGAACAUAGGGAUGAUAGGAGGAGGAAUACCUGAGAUACACUCAUUUGAUCACUCUCAACAACGUGGCAGAGACAAUCACACAACUGUGGCUGCUUCGCAAAGAGAAGAACCCGGCGGACAAAUGAAUUUGCAGAUUCCAGACUGA